AUGCAAUUCUCAAUCGUCGCUUUAUUCGCUGUUGCCGCCGUCGCUGUCAAGGCUGACACUGUCACUGAGACUGAUGUCUCUACCACUUUGGCUACCAUCACUUCAUGUGGUCCAGAAGUCACCAACUGUCCAGCUGAGGAAUCAUCCUCUGUUGCUCCAGUUUCUAGCGUUGCUAACGUUUCCACUUGGGAAGGUGCUGCUGCUGGUAAGGGCCAAUACGGUGUUGCCGGUGCUGCUGCUUUAGCUGCUGGUGCUUUAUUAGCUUUGUAA